CGCCCGCCAUCUUGGGGGCGGUGCCUUAUGGUGGCUGGGUGAGCCGCCGGCUGAGCUGCGCCCGUUGCUGGGAUGCUGCGCUUGGUACGUAGCGCGUUACCUCGGCUGAGUACCGAGCGGGCCCGGCUGAGCAGCGGCUGGGUGCCCCGCGCUCCAGAUGUCAAUAGCUUUGCUGCUCGGACCAACACCUGUGGAGAGCUGCGUGCUGCUCAUAUAGGACAGGAGGUCACCUUGUGUGGAUGGAUUCAGUACCAAAGACAAGGCCUGUUCCUGGUUUUGAGGGAUUUCCAGGGACUCACCCAGAUCAUCAUUCCACAGGAUGAAGCACAUUCUCAUGUGAGGAAGCUCCUGUCCAAUGCCCCAGUGGAAUCUGUUGUGCGAGUGACUGGCAUCGUGUCUUCUCGGCCCCCAGGGCAGGAGAAUCUGAAAAUGCCAACAGGGGACAUUGAAGUCAAGGUGGAGACUGCAGAGGUUCUCAACUUUUGCAAGAAGCUGCCCUUUGAAAUCAAAGAUUUCAUCAAGAAAUCAGAGGCCUUGCGCAUGCAGUAUCGCUACCUGGACCUGCGCAGCUCCCAGUUACAGUACAACCUGAGGCUGAGAUCCCAGGUGGUGAUGAGGAUGCGAGAGUACCUGUGUAAUCACCAUGGGUUUGUGGAUGUAGAAACACCAACGCUCUUUAAGAGAACCCCAGGGGGGGCAAAGGAAUUCCUUGUGCCCUCCAGGGAAGCAGGCAAGUUCUACUCUCUGCCUCAGAGUCCUCAGCAGUUCAAGCAGCUCCUGAUGAUUGGAGGCCUGGACAGGUACUUCCAGGUUGCUCGCUGCUACCGUGAUGAAGGCUCACGGCCUGACAGGCAGCCAGAAUUCACUCAGAUAGAUAUAGAAAUGUCAUUUGUAGAUCAAGCUGGGAUCCAGAGGUUGAUAGAGGGCCUCCUGCAAUAUUCCUGGCCUGAGGAAAGAGGCCCCAUUACAACUCCUUUCCCUUCCAUGACUUAUGAGGAGGCACUGGCUGACUAUGGGACUGAUAAACCAGACACUCGCUUUGGGAUGAAGAUAGUGGAUAUCAGUGAUACUUUCCGAAGAUUGGACAUUGGGUUUGUGCAGAAUGUGCUCAGUUACCCUCACAGCACUGCCAAGGCUAUUUGUAUCCCUCAGGGAGUGAGAUAUCUUAAAAAUAAAGAUUUGGAAUCCUUAAAGGAGGCUGCAAAAUCCCAGUUCAACCAGGAAAUCAUGGAUGUUGUCUGCAGGCCCGAUGGGAGCUUGAAGUCUUUGCUCACCAAGUUUCUUAGUCAAGAGCAACAGUCAGAGCUCAUCCAAGCACUGAACAUGCAGGUGGAUGAUGUGGUGCUGCUGGCAGCUGGAGACCACAAGCGAGUGUGCUCUGCAUUAGGAAGCCUACGGCUGGAGAGUGCUGACCUCCUGGAGGCAGCUGGAAUGAUACUGCGGGAUCCUGCAGCUCUUCACUUCCUCUGGGUGGUGGAUUUCCCACUUUUCCUCCCCAAGGAAGAGAAUCCCUCUGAACUGGAGUCUGCUCAUCACCCCUUCACUGCCCCUCAUCCUUCAGAUACCAACCUCCUCUAUUCUGACCCCACGAAGGUUCGUAGCCAGCAUUAUGACCUUGUGCUGAAUGGCAGUGAAAUUGGAGGUGGCUCCAUCAGAAUUCAUAAUGCGCAACAGCAGCGUUUUGUGCUGGAGAAAGUGCUGAAGGAGGACUCAGAGGUGCUUUCCCAUCUGCUUGAGGCUCUGGAAUUUGGAGCUCCCCCUCAUGGAGGAAUUGCUUUAGGACUUGACAGGCUCAUCUCCCUCAUCGUUGGCUCUCCGAGUAUCCGAGAUGUCAUUGCUUUUCCUAAAUCAUUCAGGGGACGGGACCUGAUGGGCAGUGCUCCAGACUAUGUCACUCCAGAAGAAUUAGAGCCAUAUCACAUCCACGUUUCGUGGCCUGCUGCAGAAACAGAAGCGAAGAAAAACUGACUUGCAGCAAGUGAUGUGAAUUGAACUGUUAAAGCAGAGAUGCUUCCAACUUGUAAAUACUAAAAUUCAGUUUGAAAAAACAUCAACUUAUGGGAGGACCAGAGGAGUAUAAUCCCACUGCGGUUUCAGAACAGAAUGGGGAACAGAUGUGAUAGCUCCCCUGAUAGGAAUUUACCUUUGGGUUGCCAAUGGGAGGGAGAAGUAGGAAAGCGAGAAGAAAAAUGCCCAUCGUUUUAGCUUAGGAUAUUGAGACUGUUGCCUUUGGGGUGUUGUAUCUGAAGGUAUGGUUAUUUAUUAAUUUCCCACUUUCCAGUUUGCACACACAAACUCCUCCCUGAAAUCUAAAGGAGGCAGCGUACCAGCUUCUCUGGAAAACGAUGCAGUGUUCCUGAUAAUCACUGAAUCUCUAGCUGAGAACUGUUACAGCAGAGUAAUGCCAUGCUGGGUAAAGAGCCUGACAAAGCUUCAGUGCAUCCAACAGCUUGUGUCGUGCUGGAGGAUACCUGGUCAUACAGAAUUUGCCAUGGGGAGUUGCACUCGAGCGUUCCCCGUUAAAAGCAGGGAGAGGAGGAGGCGUGGUAUUUGCAGCAGUUGUCCUUGUGAUGUUCACCAAACAGGAGAUGAUGUGUCUUUGGGCCUGUGGUCCUGCCACUUUCAGAGCACCCGUUCUGAAGUUUGUAUCCUUUGUAAAUAAAGUUUGUCUAGCA